AUGCCGCCACGUCUGACGCCUCUGCGCUUCGUGCGAUCCGUUAUGAACUCUUUCACCAAGGACUCAGGCCUUGAGCCGAGAUUGCUUGGUGAACACUUUCGAGUCACCAAUGCGACUAAUGGAACCGUCGACUUCGAGCUCGACAUUCAGAAGCAACACACUAACCGCCUCAAAACCAUACAUGGUGGGACCCUUGCAUCUCUUGUCGACCUGGGAGGCUCGCUUGCCGUGGCAAGCACCGGUCGUUUCGCAACUGGUGUCUCAACGGAUUUGAACGUCACAUACAUCGCCCCUGGCGGUGUCGUUGGCGAUCGCAUGACUGGGCAAGCUGUCUGUGACAAAAUGGGCCGCACUCUGGCGUAUACGACCGUGAAGUUCUUCAACAAGAAGGGCGAGCUAGCUGCGAGGGGUAGCCACACCAAGUACGUGUCCAAGACAUGGGAAAAUGAAGAUUAUGUUGCCCCAGCCGAGUUUGUGGCACCUGAGGAGGACCAAGUAAAGAAUGACGAGGUCGCCCACGGUACCGACGAGAAGCAGCGCGGCGAUUGCAACCAGCAUGCGGUUAGCUGCGAUGCGGUUGCUGCCGCCCUGUCCCUGAGUCGGAACGACAAACGGGCUCGAAGUUGCGUCAUCAUAUACGGACCUGUCGGCGUCGACAGCAAGCCCAAACUGCGCGAUAGCCAAAAUAAUGAGGAGCGCGGUAAAGCAAUGCACGGCGAGCCUUGCGAAACGGGGACGGCUAGUGUGGCCGCCCGCCUGAGGGAUCUGGAUGGCGAAGAGGAGUUCCCAAAUAGCGCAAAUGAGUAA